AUGUCUGGUAUGGACCAUGGAGGGUCUGACGCGGGUGGCGGUGCCGCCUGCAAGAUCUCCAUGCUGUGGAAUUGGAACACGGUCGAUUCGUGUUUCAUCUCGUCCGACUGGCACGUCCGAUCCAAAGGAGGUUUCGCAGGCUCGUGCAUCGGCGUCGUUGCCUUGGUCAUCCUUCUCGAAGGUCUCAAGUACCUCCAGCGCAAGCACGACCGGUCGAUCGUCGUCGCCAACGCUAAGCGGGCGAGACGGAUGAAGAAGCAGAAGAUGAUGGAGGACCAGGAGUACUCGGACGACUUCGAGCAGCGAGGCGCGGGAAUCUUGAGGGAGAAGGAUUAUGGGAUCAACGAGACCGUCCAGGACCCUUCGUCUACCGCGGCAUCGUCCAGCUGCUGCAACCCUCCUCCGGCACCUACCCCUAUCCCAGCCCCUCUCGUCCCGGCCCUUGUCUCCACCUUUAUUCAAUCGCCCUCGGACCCACCUACUCGACUCCGCCUGACCGUCCCUCAACAAGCCCUGCGAGCUCUCAUCCAUACGGCUCAGUUCGCUGUGGCCUACUUUGUCAUGCUCCUCGCCAUGUACUUUAACGGGUACAUCAUCAUCUGCAUCUUCCUUGGGGCGUAUAUCGGGAGCUUCAUCUUCAGCUGGGACGUCCUCGAGGGCGGAGGCGGCGAUGACGCUCAGGAGACCACUGGCUGUUGCGGAUGA